AUGAUUUGCUGGAAUGUGAGAGGACUCAAUAAAUCUGCUAGAUACCUGGAGGUAGGAGUCCACCUCAAGAAGAUGCAGGUUAGCUGUUUAGUUUUACUAGAAACUAGGGUAAAGAUUGGUAACAGUGAGUCUAUUAGGAAGAAACUGGGACUGAAUUGGAGUUAUAGUGAUAACUAUGAAUACCAUGUGAAUGGCAGGAUCUGGUUAGGUUGGGAUCCUAAUGUGUGGAGCAUCAUCCCAAGUGAAGCAACUGAUCAGCUUAUUCAUAGUUCUGUUUAUACUAAGGAGGGUGUUUUUUUUCAUCAUCUCACCACUGUAUAUGCACACAAUCAACUUAAUAAUAGAAGGACUUUAUGGCAUGACAUCAAUAGAAUAAGUGCCCAGCUGCAGGGGCCUUGGAUGGUGGUAGGAGAUUUAAAUAACAUUCUGAGAGUGGGUGAUAGAGUUGGAGGUAAUGAUAUACACUUGGCAGAAUAUAUUGACAUGGAGGACAUGAUGCAUACCAGCAAUCUCUCUGAACAUGAAACUAGUGGAGCUUGGUUUACUUGGACAAAUAAACAAGAGGCUAAUCCAAUUAGUUCUAGAAUUGAUAGGGCCCUUGUGAAUGCUGAUUGGCAUAGAAGAUUUCUUAAUAGUAGUGUUGAGGUUCUAAACCCCCAUAUCUCUGAUCAUUCUCCUCUGAGAAUUAAACUGGAUAGCUCUCAGCAAGUGAGGAAAAUUAAACACAGGUUUAAAUUUCUAAAUUGUGCUGCUGACAAUGUGGAUUUUAUUAAUGUAUUAAGGGCUAACUGGAUACCCCUGGCCCAAGGUAACCCAAUGGAACAGUUCUGGAAGAGACUUUAUAGGCUGCAGUACUGCAUGAAAGGUUUGAAUUGGCAUAUCACUGAGGGCCUUAGGAAUCUGAAGAUGAGUAGAGAUAAGCUGGAUCAAGCACAAACCUUACUAGCCUCGGAUCAAAUGAACAAAGAUAUGUGCAACUCUGUUAAGCAUUGGACUGAGGAAGUGAUGAAAGGUGCUGAACUGGAAGAAAAGAUUUUGCAUCAAAAACUCAAAUGUGAUUGGAUAAAUUUGGGGGAUGGCAAUAAUGCCUACUUCUAUGCAAAUCUGAAAUCCAAGAAUAAACAUGUUCAUAUCCAGGAUUUAGAAGACUCAAAUGGGAAUAAACUGACUGAACAGAAAGACAUUGAGAGGGAAGUUCUUUCUUUCUACUCAAAGCUCAUUGGCCAAGCUGCUACCCAAAGAAAACAGGUGGACAUUUGUAGUUUGAGGAUUGGUUGA